AUGACAAUAUUAUCAAGUUUCGAUUGCAAUUUACCAUUUUCAACCAAGAACAUACUAGUUGAGAACCAAAUGGGAUAUCUUUUCGUAAAUGAUAAUGAAAAAUUAUUUAUUUCCAUAGCAGAAUAUCCGAUUUCUUUUCAAGAGACGAACUUUAAGAACUAUAAACAUAUCCUUUGUUCACCAGAUAACAAGCAUUGUGUGAUUUCUUAUAAAGAUGGUUCAAUUUUGUUGCAUUCUUUUAAAGAUCAAACGAUGGCUUUAAGAGAAAAAAUAUACUCUCGUCAAAGAGAAGUUAUUUACAUGUUCUGGCUGACAAAUAAUCAAGUUUGCAUUGUUUAUAAAGAUGGUUUGAUUGUUAUCCACUUUAUUGAACUUAAUCUAUCAGUUUCAAGAACAUUUUACGAGAUAUCUAAAUCAUACCAAGUAUUUUAUUCCAGUUUUACCAAAAAAUUAUACAUGAUUUACAAUAAUUCUAUCAAAUCAAUCUCAUUUUGCUUUAUUCAUGACAAUUAUUGUAUAGAAUCAGAUAAGAUCUCAGAUGUAAAUACAAUGGAUACUGUUUUUGAUAUAAAUUCCGUACAGAAAAUGUUUCCUUUGAGAAAUGCAUCAAAAAACUACACUUUAGGAAACUUUUUGUGUUACAAAUCAUCAAAUAUCUCUGAUACAACCUUUGCUGCAGGUGAAUUCCUAAACGGAUACUAUUUUGCAGUUGAUGAUAAAAAUUUAGAAUUCAAUGUAUUCAAAGAAGGUAAAUUUGUUAUGAAAUUUCCAACUUUAUUCGUUCCUUCGCAGUUUUCGUCUGGAAAACAUAGAUUAAUAGGUUUUCACGAAAAUCUUCUUUUAAUUAUUGAUUUCACCGACCAAAUACAAGUUCCAAGAAGAGUAGAGUCCACAUGUACGCAUUAUACCAACGAAAAACUGGACUUUUAUGCAUCUUUUAUGAAAUUUCGGAAAAUUAUUAAAAAUGCAGUUUGUGCAAAUGACGAAAUCUACAUCCAGUUCGAUAACAACAUUGUUGUACAUGUUCCUUCCAUGAAAACUGUAUCCGAAAACGCUAUAUUGAUCUGGCGAGAACCAAAUGUUUCAAUUUUAUUUGUACAAAAGAUUUCAAACAUUGAAUUACACUUUAGCAGUUGUAUUUCUAAGAUAGAAUAUAGUGCAAUCAAUGCAUCAAAUGGAGAUUUGAUUCUGGUGUCUCCAGAAGGUACAGAACCAUUCAUCAAAAUCAACUACUGUGUUCCUGUUUUGAUCAACCUGAUGAAAGAACCAGAAAAAGCUGCGAAAUUCAUUGAAUGUUUUGAAUCUACAUUUUAUUUUAGUAGAUUCAUAAGAACAGUCUUUUCUUCUAUCACGUCAUCAGGUAACAUUAUAUCAGCAAUCAAAAUAUUUGAUUUUCUCACAAAAAAUUUAGUUCAAAAAGUUAUUUCUUCAAUUUCUCCAUCACAUCAGACAUUAUUCAUCAGAUGUGGAAUGAAUUUGAUAGAUUAUAUUGGCAUCCUAUCUAAUGAAGCGAAAAUUGAGAUUCUUCUCUAUUCAAAUCCAAAUGAUUUUCAUGAAUUUUAUCGAAAUCGAAAGAAAUUCAAUAGUUUGACUAAUUAUGAAUGUUCAUCUGCAAUAAGAAGAGCGAUUGACAUUAACCAAUGGAGCAGAGCUAUCCGAAUCUCGCAUUUAUUGAAAGUUGAUAUUGCAGGAAUCAUCAACAGCUCAUCAAUGCAAAAGACUACUGAUAUUGGUGAAUGUAUUUCCCAGUUAGAUGUUCAAUCACGAGAAUGGAAAAAGUAUGAUGAGUAUAAUUAUCUAACUUACUUGGGAUGUGCAUUUAUUGUUGCUGGAUUCGAUAACUGGGGAAUUUCAUCAUUCAUUGUUGGUAAAAACGAAAACAAAGUUCAUUCUGCGCUUGAAAGACUGAACUUUUCCAGAGAUGUUGUUCUUAAAUACCUUCAAGCAGCAAUUUCAAACAAUUAA